AAGAGAGCAACAGCUGGAGCCCCGAGGAAGGAACUCCCCAAAAUUGUUCUGAGGGCGCGAAGGCCGACCUGGGAAGGAGGAGAUAGAGGCGCGGCCCAUGCCGCGUGCGCCUCACCGUGGUCGACGAGCCAAAUCCCUGGCUCCAUGGCGGAAAGCGGUAGUGACAAAUAGUGCCGGGAAAAGAGCCAGAAAAUCUUUGAACUGGGAGUAGUCACCAGCAGUCCGGCACCUGCUCGGUGAAUGACAAAACCAGAGAAAGGCAACCAGAAUUCAACCUCUAAAAGCAGGCUCAACUCGUUCCUGUAUAAGAUAAAGCGAGAUGUGUACAACGAAGAGAGUUUUCAGCAGGAAUACAGAAAGACGGCCCCUUCCACAGGGACCAUGAACACUGACGUUGCCACCAUCAGACACCAAGUCCUGUGCCACUGCUCCUGGCACAAGUUCCUAAGAUGCAUGGUUACGAUCUUCCCCUUCCUGGAGUGGAUGUGUCUGUAUCGAUUCAAGGACUGGCUUCUUGGAGAUUUACUCGCUGGCUUAAGUGUUGGCCUCGUGCAGGUCCCUCAAGGGCUGGUACUUAGUCUGUUGACAAGGCAGCUGGUUCCCCCUCUCAAUGUCGCCUACGCAGCUUUCUGCUCCUCCGUGGUGUACGUGAUUUUUGGAUCAUGUCAUCAAAUGUCCAUUGGCCCCUUCUUCCUUGUGAGUGCCCUGAUGAUCAAUGUCCUGAAGGAGAAGCCAUUCAACAAAGGCCACCUGAUCUUGGGAACGUUCCUCAAGGACGACUUUACUGUCCCUUCCUACUUUGACAACUAUAACAAGUCCUUAAGUGUGGUGGCGGCCACCACUUUUCUGACUGGGCUGAUUCAGCUCUCCAUGGGCCUCUUAGGCAUGGGCUUCAUGGCCACCUACCUCCCCGAGGCUGUGAUCAGCGCUUACCUGGCCGCCGUGGCCCUGCACCUCGUGCUGUCCCAGCUGCCCUGUGUCUUCGGGGUGAUGAUCACUUUCCACGCCGGUCCUGUUGCCUUCUUCUAUAACAUACUUAACUACUGUGUGGCUCUCCCAAAAGCUAAUUCCACCAGCAUCCUACUCUUUCUAACAGCUGUUGUUGCUCUGAGAAUCAACAAGUGUAUCCGAAUUUCUUUCAAUCAUUAUCCUAUCGAAUUUCCCAUGGAAUUAUUUCUGAUUCUUGGUUUCACUGUAUUUGCGAACAAGAUAGACAUGGCCACAGAAAACAGCAAGACGUUCGCUGAGAUGACUCCUUUUAGGUUCCUGUUCCCUACCUUACCAGAUUUCACCAUUUUUGGCAAAGUUGUUCUACAAUCCAUCUCCCUGUCUCUAGUGAGCUCCUUUCUGCUCAUAUUUCUGGGCAAGAGGAUCGCCAGUUUCCAUAACUACAGAGUCAAUUCCAACCAGGAUCUGAUAGCCAUCGGCCUUUGCAAUGUCAUCAGUUCCUGUUUCAGAACUUCUGUGUUUACUGGUGCUAUGGCCAGGACCAUAAUCCAAGAUAAAUCUGGAGGAAGACAGCAGUUUGCAUCUCUGGUAGGCGCGGGCGUGAUGCUGCUCCUGAUGGUGAAGGUGGGAAGCUUCUUCUACGAACUGCCUAACGCCGUGUUGGCUGCUAUUAUUCUGAGUAAUGUCAUCCCUUACCUGGAAGCCAUUUACAACCUCCCCAGCCUGUGGAGGCAGGACCAGUAUGACUGUGUUGCCUGGAUGGUGACAUUCACAUCCACGAUCUUCCUGGGACUGGACAUGGGACUGCUUGUCUCGCUGCUUUUCUCUUUCUUCAUCAUCACCGUCCGUUCGCACAGGACGGAAAUUACCCGCCUGGGUCAGAUCCCCAAUACCAACAUCUACAAGAGCAUCACGGACUACCGGGAGUUUACAAAUAUUCCUGGGGUGAAAAUCUUCCAGUGCUGCAACGCCAUUACAUUCAUAAAUGUGCACUACCUGAAGCACAGGCUGCUGAGGGAGCUCGGCAUGGUGACGGUGCCCCUCCAGGAGGAAGAGCUGUUCGGCCUGUUUAAUCAAAGCCACACCAGCCUCCAGGAGGAGAAGAUCUGCAAGUGCUUCUGCGACUGCGAAGACCUGGAGCCGCCACCCAGGAUCGCCUACACGGAGCGGUACGAAUACCAGGAGGAUUUCAGUUCGUCCUCCGGUAACCUGAUCCACUGCACGCCUCUGGAGCCCACGACCCUAAGCCAAAAAACAUCCGACGAGGAGACGCCGUCCCAGAGAUACCACGGGGAGAUCUGCGAGGACGUGGGGAAAGGCUGGCCCUCCAGCAACACCCUGCAGAAGAGCGUGCCCUCGCCGCAGGACCCUGGGGCCGCUCCGGCCGAGAGGAGACUGAACGCCCCCUGCUCCGACGUGACUGUGCAGCCCGCCACCCACACCAUCAUCCUGGACUUCUCCCUGGUGCACUACGUGGAUUCUCAGGCCUUGGUCAUAUUGAGACAGAUGUGCAACGCUUUCCAGAACGCCAGCAUCUUGGUGCUGUUCACCGGGUGUCACUCUUGCGUGCUCAGGGAGUUUGAGAAGAAUGAUUUCUUUGACGAUGGCAUCACCAAGGCCCACCUGUUCCUCAGCCUCCACGACGCUGUGCUGUUCGCCUUGUCCCGAAACGCUGCGGACGGCUCUGAGCUGAGCGUGGAGGAGGGCGAGACUGUGCUCCAGGAAACCUACUCCGAGCCGGACAAGGCAUUUAAGAGACAGAAGACCGGGACAGAAAAUGACAAAUCAAGAUACGAAAAGAGUUGUGGUUUUCUAGAAAGCUCCAGAAAUACAAGUCAACGCUUCCCCAAGGUCCAGAAGCCCAAAGAGGAGUCUCUGGCGUUUGACUUGGGUCUGGACGACACUGGGGAGUCUGCAGAGCCAAGCGGGCUGGAUCUCAGUCUAGACCUGGACCAGGUCCUGGACAACGAGUUGGGGCUGGAGCCCGAGCUGGAGCCUCACAUGGAUCUGGAGUGGGAAAGGCAGCCGGACCCCAGGUCGAGGGCCCACGUGUACCCUCCACAGCACUUCCGGCCCAUGUACCACGCUCCAGCUCAAGGCUCCCAGCCCCAGCUUUCACCUCGGAUGCGAUCAGCAGAGAAGAGACAGAAGUAUCUGGAUUCAGACUCACCUGAGGGCAGCAAGGAGGAGGUCUGGGAGGUGAACUAGAAAUCAGGGGUCAGAGAACCUGGCAGAUCCCCCCACCCGAGAAGGGUUGCUCACUCCUAAGACCUACACUGGGCACGAGCUGGCAGUGCUUGUUUUGUGAGAAAGAGAAGAGGCUCAAAUAAAACACGU